GUGGAAGACAACGACAAUUUGGCUCCCUUAUUCAAUAGUCAAACAGAUCUUCUUCGAAAAACUUACGGAAAUUUCUACAUUGCCGAAUUGGUAGAAGCACAAAGUGAUGAUCUUAAGUGUAUUGUGGUUGAGUGCGAUAACAAAGCGGUUGGUUUUAUUAGUGCCACGACCAAGGUGAAUCUGGAUGCACUGAAUGAGGUUUACGAUUUGGAGCAUUGUCGAAUUCGAUUGGGAAAAGAUCCGGAAAGCGAACUGUACGUCUUUCAUCGGGCAGGUUUACUGAGAGAUUUUAAAGUUCGUCGAACGCGGCACUCGGAUACGCAACAAAUUGAACAUUUGAUUCGCAAUAUGGAACCGAUUGAUCAGGCUCUGAUCCGACAGGAUUUGCAGGCGUUUGUGACGCACGGAAGAGAUCGUGAUGGAGCAAUCGUUGCGUCUUUCGUGGCUGUUGUCACGGAUCGUAUUGUUGGACUAUUGAUCAUGCGCGACGAACAACAUAUCGAGUGGAUUCGCGCGCAUUAUGACAUUGAAGAAUUUAUUUACUUCGAUCAACACGCUCGAAACGAACAUGCCACAUUGUAUCACUGUGUGGUUGCCGCGGAUUUUCACUGUCGACGAGAGGUGUUUCUCAAAGAAGUGCUCCGACUGUCUAAUAAGACCUGUUUCUAUUUUCGCAUUCUGCCACCGUAUGCCAGCGGAACGUUCUUCAACAAAGCCACCCUCAUCACUUGCCUUUCGGCAUUUUACCCAGUCCGACCACGUCGACAAAUUAUUUACCCACCAAAGGAGGUUCUGGGCGAGAAAGGUCCGGAAGAUAGUUUGCUUGAAUCUUCCAAUGCCGCUCCGGCCAUCUUUAUCUCAACAGCUAAACUGCUGACCGAGCCGCGAGUCCUGAUCAAUGCACGUAUCAUUGUGGUGGGUGCAUCCACUACGGGUUUGGCUGUGUUAGAGACUCUGGCCGGAUGUUCGUAUAUCAGCUUCUCCAACUUGGUACUGCUCUCUGAGCACGGAUUACCUGGCGAUACCCUGGAACAGCCAGACAAAGAUGCAGAGAAGUUUCUAACGAGCGAUCACAGUUAUCCGACCGAGAUACUCAAUCAGCUGGCACUGCGUCAUUGUGUUCACGUGAUUCAUGGCAAAUUGACUGCCAUAAAUCGAAAAUUCAAAAGAAUCACUAUAGAUCGUACAAGGGCAUUAUCAUACGAUUAUCUGGUACUGACAACCGGUUUACAAUAUCAUACAUGUUGUCCAAAUGGGGCGGAUAUACAAGAAAUGAUGAAAACAAGCGAAGCACCAUUUCUUUCUACACGUCGGUUUUCCGUGGAAUAUCCUAAUUCAAGUCCACCGAGCAAUUUGUUCCGAAUCAAUAACAUCCAAGACGCGCAGUCCGCUUUGAGAUGGAUUCAAAACGAAUAUCUGCCGUCAAUCAAUCUGGACGAACUGAAUGUGCCCGAGUGGAAGAAGAGGUCGGGCAUAAACGGGUUAUCCGAUUCCGGCCUAGAUGGAUUCAAGCAACCGUCUUCCGCAGUACAGCACAAUUUGAUCAUUGUUUACGGAUACAAUUUGGACGCAUACACCUGUGUGGCCGCACUGUUACAUGCCGGUGUACCGGGUAAAUUGAUUGUGCUGAUUCAUCCACCACGAUUACCGGAACAGGUAAGCAAACAGUCCUACCUCCAGGUCAGAUGA